AUGAAUAGAUCCAUUCUCGUCUUUGCAUUGCUAUCACUCAUCUUGGCCGCCCUUGUCAUGGCAGGAGAGGACAAGAAAGAAGUUAAAGGUGUUCCACUGUAUGGUGGCUACUAUGGAGGCGUUCCAUUCUAUGGUGGAUUUGGUGGUGCUACUGGAGCUUCCAACGUUGCAGGUGCCUACGGCUACAAUGGUGGUUUAGGUUCCAACUAUGGAGUUCAAGGUGGAAAUUACAAUCAAUAUGCUCAAAAUACUCAAGCUUACAGCAAUCAAGUCAAUGCAGUGAAUUAUUCUCCAUAUGCUGCCUAUAGUAAUUAUGCUGUGGGUCCAAGUUCGUAUGGAAAUAACUUGUACAAUUCAUAUUAUGCUCCACUAUAUGGUGGUUAUGGAUAUGGUCUUCCAUAUUAUGGUGGAUAUGGAGGAUAUGGCGUUCCAUACUAUGGUGGAUAUGGUGGACACGGAGGAUAUGGAUAUGGUUAUGGAUGUGGUGUCGGAAUGAUUUGUUAA